AUGGGAGACUGGCGGGUAAAGGAGGGAGAAGAGAGGGACGUCCUCUCCCGCCUCUCCCCCGCUCCUCCCCACCGGCGUCUGGACCUCGCGUCCCAGGAUGCGCCGCCGCCGCCGCCGCUGCCGCCGCUGCUGCUGGGACUCCUGCUGCUGGCGGCCCUCCCGGAGCACUGCCUGGCCGACCCGGGAACAGACAAUCUACAGAUAAGAGUCAGCCCAACCCCGGAGUCAUUUCCUCAUGGGAAAUUGUUACCAAUUUCACCAACAUGGCCUUUUUCAGAAGUCCCGUCUUCCUCGGCAGUGGCCAGAAUCAAGAAUGUGCUGGGACCCUCCCCUGACAACACUAGCAUGCUGCAGUUUGCCCAAACGCCUCUGCCCAAGACACACCGCAGAGCCAGGGCUCAUGGGGACUUCUCUUCUUCCCCUUACCAAGGAAGUGGACAGAGCGCCUCCCUUGAGCCUUCCAAGGAUUCCACCGAGUCUCUGGUCCAACCAAGACCUCAAGGGGGAAAGGAUGCAGCCUCUGUGUCAGGUUUGCCUCACACUAGCAUGCUCCCCUCAUUGUCCACUAUCCCAUCUCAGCCAGUCUGGGUAGGGAUUUCUUUCAUUUCACCACAACAUUCCCCAAGAUCAGACAGUCUUGCAUUUCUUUCUCCACAUCCAUCCUCUUCAUUGGCUCCUGACUCACCUCAUUCCAUCAUCUUUUCCAAGCCAGCCAAACGACCCACCAAAAUGCCUUUGUUUCCCCUAAUAGCUCAAACUGGCUCUUCUUCAAGUCAGAGCAUAGCUAAUUCCCCACACCCAGUUGCUGGGGAAAUGAACCACACUCUGUCCAAAAAUGCCCAGGGUUUGAUAAGCAUCCCUCAUCUAGGUCUUUUUGGAUUCUCAACAAUGCAGCAUCCUGAGCUGCCCCCCACAGAGGGUCCUCGCUCAACAGUCUCCCCCACACCUGAGUUUUUGAGCUCUGUGGCAGAACUAUCCCAUCUGUCUCUCCCGCCCCUAGUGCCUGGAAGUCUUCUUCUGCUUCCAGAUGGAACUCCCUCACGGUCAGUGUUGGAAGUGGCUUCAAGUCAUACAUCUCCGCAGCUGGUUGAAGCUGAAGUGGCUGGAGGAGUGAACAGUGGGGUGACUUUGCCAAUUUCUACAAGUAUGGCGGCUGCAGCAGUGACCCAGGAAGCUGUGUCUUCACUUUUUCAGAGUGCAGAAUCAGUAGCAGUGGAAACAACCAGCAGAAAGUUAGCCCUUGCUACUGCAAAGGACACCACUAGCCCACUGCAUUUGUCAGGGGCUCCAGAGAAUCCCAAAGGGCUCGUCCUUUCAGCGGAACACACAUCUUCCUCUUUGGAGCCUUCUCCUCUGCCUCUCACCACAGCCCACAGAGGGCAAGACAUCCUUUCUGGGGCAUCCAACAGCACUGCAGCAGACUUUACCUCUGCGCCCACCUUCCUCCAGCUGCCACAGAACCAUGCCUCUCCUUCCACUGUGCCCAAGAAGCCAACUCCUCAAAAAAGGGGCAGUGGUGGACCCCCUCCGACUGGAGCUACAGACCUCCCCUUCUCCAGCAAAUUUCCCAACCUUCUUUCCACAACCUGGGCAUUUCCUGUGCAGAAAGAAGAUAGCAUGACAGCUGUUUUAAAGAAAAAUGAAAAGACAGAUUUGACAGCUGAUCUCCAGACCCUUCCAAGUAAAGAGAUUCCAGGUCUUCACACUGUAAAUGGGUUCACCUCUGAUACUAGCACGGAUCAUAUUUCAUCUUUUUUCAUCCCAACGCUAAGAACAAACCUCCUUCCUUCAGAAUUAUCUCUACCUUCCAGCACCUCUGUCCAAAGCACCCAGACUAUGUCCCCAUCCCCUAGCUUGCCUGACAUCAAGCCAGAGACUUAUGCAGCUAUGAUAGACCACUCUCAGUUGCCAGUUCCAACUUCCCAACAGGUGACAGCAUUUCCCUCAUCCACUGAGAUCUAUGAUUUCUCAACAAUGAGAUAUGUGAAAAAGCCAGCAACCACAGAUGUUUUCUGGAGUUCUCUUUCAGCAGAAACUGGAUUUCUCUCCACAGAGCCAAUGAUAUCUGGCUUGGUGCAGCAACCAAAUUAUGAUUUAAAUGGGCACACAAUUAACUCCACCAGUUGGGAAACUCAUUCAGCUUCAGAUCUUCCUCCCAAUGGUUCAACUUCAGCUGCCAGUACAAUAAAAUCUUUGGAUUCCAAAGAUAGUGCUGGGCAUAUAGUGACUGCAGAAGGCACCAGCAUGCAGCAUCCAGUCCUUGGUACAAGCACCAACCAGCCUAUUCAACAGUCAGAGAUUACCAUGGUUGGAAACCAUACAGACUUCUUGUCAACAACCAAUAAAAACUAUUUCAGAGACUUCCAAACAGCUGAGAUUGAAGAUUACCCAUACACAAGCCAACAUGCUGUGUCUCAUCCCCUUCUACAGCUGCCUGCGCAUUCAACUCAUGCUCUUUCGCCAGCCUCUCCAAGUCUGACUUCCACAGUUAGCUUGCAAGAAAUGCUUUCAGAUGGAACAGAUACAAUUCUCCGAAUUUCCAGUGACAUCUAUCCAUCUCCUGUGAUAAGAGCUUCCACACCAUUCCAGAGUAUCUUGAAGUAUCAUUCCACCACUGAAUCUCUUCCUCUAUCGACCAGGGCCCCAUCCAAAGUGCUGCUGGCCUCUCAGCACCCUGAGAAAUGGACAGUGGACCCCUCAGUGUCAUUCAAGGCGGAACCAACAGCUGCGUCAGCAGCCACGUUGUUCCUGGGGAAAUCAAGUCCACCGGCGCUGUCUGCAGCCCUGGUUGCCAAGGGCACUGGCAGUAGUGCUUCAGCCAUGGCCUCAGCAUUAGUUAAGAGCAGUUGGACCACUGCCCUAGCUAAAAAUAUCACAAACAACGCAGCACCUGGUCCAAGGACGACACCAGGGGCACUGCAUCCGGCCUUCUCAUUCACACCAACGUACAUGUUUUCAAGAACAGCACACACCAUGAGUGGUCAUACAGCCAUGCAAGGGAACACGGGCAGCUCCUCUGGCCUGUUGUCCACAACACACCUCCCCAGGAAACCACAAGCCAUGCACACAGGCCUCCCAAACCCUACCAACCCGGACAUGCCGAGGGCAUCCACCACACGCCCACUGACAAUCACAGCAGCCUUGACAUCCGUUACUGCUCCAGUGAGGGCCACCCGGUUGCCACCUUUGCCAGCAGAAAAUACAGAUGCUGCGUCGACUGCAAUAGUCUCAACUGGCAAAAUGGCAUCCAACCUGGAAUGUCAGAUGUCCAGUAAGCUCCUGGUGAAGACAGUUCUCUUUCUGACCCAGAGGAGAGUGCAGAUCAGUGAAACCUUGAAGUUCAAUAUAGCCAAAGGGCUCACGCAGGCAUUGCGGAAGGCUUUCCACCAGAAUGACGUCUCGGCUCACGUGGACAUUCUGGAACAUUCUCAUAAUGUCACAGUUGGUUAUUAUGCUACCAAAGGGAGACUGGUGUACUUGCCUGCCGUAGUGAUCGAAAUGCUGAGUGUUUAUGGGGUCAGCAAUGUCACUGCAGAUCUGAAGCAGCAUACCCCAAACUUGCAGUCGGUGGCAGUUCUUGCCUCCCCAUGGAAUCCCCAGCCUGCAGGCUACUUCCAGCUGAGAACAGUGCUGCAGUUUGUGAGCCAAUCUGACAACAUCCAGUCCUGCAAGUUUGCUCAGACGAUGGAGCAGAGACUGCAGAAGGCCUUUCAGGAUGCGGAGAGGAAAGUCCUGAAUACCAAAAGCAACCUGACGAUUCAGAUUGUGAGCACAUCCAACGCCUCCCAGACAGUGACGUUGGUGUAUGUGGUGGGCAAUCGGAGCUCCUUCCUCAACGGCACGGUCGCCAGCAGCCUCCUCCGCCAGCUCUCAGCUGAGCUGGUUGGGUUCUACCUCACCUACCCGCCGCUCACCAUUGCUGAACCGCUGGAAUAUCCCAACCUUGAUAUAUCAGAAACCACCAGAGACUAUUGGGUAAUAACAGAUGGUAGGCCUUUCUGGAGUGCCCUACAAACCCCAGUGAAAGGCAGAGGAAUGCUGGGCGUGAACUUUUCUCUUUCCUCCGGCACACGCCCCACACCUACACUGAUCCUGGUGGGACCCAGUCGUGUCCUGACAAUGGUAAAGAUGCAACGGGUGCCGGGACCCAAGGACCCGGCGGAGCUGACUUACUACACCUUGUACAACGGGAAGCCAUUGCUGGGGACCGCAGCUGCCAAGAUCCUGAGCACCAUUGACUCCCAAAGGAUGGCUUUGACCCUGCAUCAUGUUGUCCUUCUGCAAGCUGACCCCGUGGUGAAGAAUCCACCCAACAACCUGUGGAUCAUCGCAGCAGUGCUGGCACCCAUUGCUGUGGUCACAGUCAUCAUCAUCAUCAUCACUGCCGUGCUCUGCCGGAAGAACAAGAACGACUUCAAGCCAGACACCAUGAUGAACCUGCCUCAGAGAGCAAAGCCUGUGCAAGGCUUUGAUUAUGCCAAGCAGCACCUGGGCCAGCAAGGGGCGGAUGAGGAGGCUGUCCCUGUGACUCAGGAAACGGUAGUCCUACCGCUCCCUGUUAGAGAUGCUCCUGCCUCUCAAGAAAGAGACAUCGCCCAGGAUGGAAGCACCAUCAAGACGGCCAAGUCCACCGAAACCAGAAAGAGCAGGUCGCCCAGUGAGAAUGGCUCUGUCAUCAGCAAGGAAUCAGGGAAGCCCAGCUCAGGGAGGCGCUCACCCCAGAAUGUAAUGGCACAGCAGAAAGUGACAAAGGAGGAGGCACGGAAGAGAAAUGUGCCUGCGAGUGACGAAGAGGAAGGAGCAGUGCUUUUUGACAACUCUGGCAAGGCGGCUGCUGAUCCCUUCGACACAUCUUCUGGAUCUGUGCAGCUCAUUGCAAUAAAACCCACGGCCCUCCCUGUGGCGCAUCCCACAUCGGACCGGAGCCAGGAGUCAGCCGUCCUCAACGGUGAGGUGAACAAAGCCCUGAAGCAGAAGUCAGACAUCGAGCACUAUCGGAACAAGCUACGCCUCAAAGCCAAGAGGAAGGGAUAUUACGACUUUCCACCGGUGGAGACGAACAAGGCUCAGACGGAAAGAAAAAAGAUGUACGAGAAAACCCCAAAGGAAAUUGAGCACGUUUUGGAUCCAGACCCAGAUCUGUGUGCCCCCUUUGCUGAGUCUAAAAACAGGCAACAGAUGAAGAACUCUGUCUACCGAAGCCGGCAGUCUCUGAAUAGCCCGAGUCCUGGGGAAACGGAGAUGGACCUUCUGGUGACUCGGGAGCGACCCCGGCGUGGAAUCCGUAACAGCGGAUACGAUACGGAGCCUGAGAUCAUCGAGGAAACCAACAUUGACAGAGUGAAUGAGCCCCGGGGCUACGCCCGAUCACGGCAGAUGAAAGGUCACUCGGAGACCUCCACACUGAGCUCCCAGCCCUCCAUCGACGAGGUCAGGCAGCAGAUGCAUAUGCUACUGGAGGAGGCCUUCAGCCUGGCGUCUGCGGGCCAUGCAGGCCAGAGCCGGCACCAGGAAGUCUAUGGCUCAGCACAGCACCUGCCCUACUCGGAGGUGGUGACCAGCGCUCCGGGGACCAUGACGCGGCCCAGGGCAGGGGUGCAGUGGGUACCCACCUAUCGCCCAGAAAUGUACCAGUACAGUCUGCCUCGGCCGGCAUACAGGUUUUCCCAGCUUCCUGAAAUGGUCAUGGGCUCUCCCCCUCCACCUGUACCUCCUCGGACUGGCCCUGUGGCUGUUGCUUCUCUCAGGCGGUCCACCUCGGACGUGGGCAGCAAGACCAGGAUGGGCGAGUCCGCGGGGCCGGAACCGGCCCAGCUGCACGACAGCCCCUCCUUCGCGCAGGUGUCCAGAGGCCCAGUGUCCGUGGCGCAGUUGGACCAGUCGGCUUUAAAUUACUCAGGUAAUACGGUGCCGGCAGUGUUCGCCAUCCCAGCUGCCAACAGACCUGGCCUCACCGGCUACUUCAUCCCGACGCCUCCGUCGUCCUACCGGAGCCAGGCCUGGAUGUCCUAUGCAGGAGAGAGUGAGCUCCCAAGCCAGUGGGCCGACUCGGUCCCCCUCCCAGGGUACAUCGAGGCUUACCCCCGGUCACGUUAUCAGCAAAACUCUCCCUCCAGGCUCCCACGCCAGUACAGCCAGCCAGCAGGCAUGCACCCCAGCCUGGAGCAGGCCCCGGGGCCGUCUGCGGCGGCCUCGCAGCAGAGCCUUGCCGAGAACGACCCGUCUGACACGCCCCUGACCAACAUCUCCACCGCGGCCCUCGUGAAAGCCAUCCGGGAAGAGGUGGCCAAGCUGGCCAAGAAACAGACAGACAUGUUCGAGUUCCAGGUCUAAUGCCUUAGCCCCAUGGGACUUCCAGACUCUGAGGAAACAGUCUUCUGCUUUCUCAACCUAACGUGUUGGGACUUGAGGCAUAGACCAUGCGUGAGUCUUCUCAUCCUCAGUCUCUGAAAAGGGGAACCGUGGGGCUUCUGGGCAACAGAGAAGACUCUUGAACAACUUGAUUCUUGGCUUGAUUCCUGAUUGUAUGUCAAGAAGUCCCCGUGUGGGACCAUAUGUUUGAUAUUCUGUGAAGUUAAAUGUUUGAACUGUGGGUAUAUUUCCCUAUGGAGCCUUAGUCACAAGAGACACUAAUCUUCAAACCCCUGUCCAAUGCCACAUUUUAAUAAAUCACCAGAAGGGGGAGAACAUUGCUCUGUCUUCGGUGAGUUCUGCAUGUUAACUCUGUUUCUGUGUUAAAGGCAAUGCAGGCAUCAGAUUAAGCACCAGACUGUACUCUCUCUCAUUCAGCCAUGACUAUGAUUGUUAAAAUCACCUCCGGUCUGUAAAGGAGGUACUGACUCCAGCCAAGAAACUUCAGUCCUUUUCUUUUAAAGGUUCAUAUUCAAAGUCAGAUGAAUUGGAUGAAAAUCAGUACUGUCGAUGACUGCACCUAUAAAUAGUCCUGACUCUUUUUUCCUCCCAUUAAUUAAACAGCCGAGAAAGAGAGCAGAUGAGAGGGAAUGGUGGAUUUGUGUUGACAAGUUUUUGAAAAGGUGUUGUCAUUUUGGAACUUGAGUCCCCUGCAAAUUGGGAUUUAACUGAAAGAGAAUCGGUGCUAAGAACUUUUAAGAUCCUAUGAAAGAAAAACAGUCAUUUAUGGAGGUUUUUCUUUGCCUUGCAAUGAAGUUGGCCUGAGAGCAAGCUUCUCUCUUUCUUGAGAUACCUGAUACAUGGACUUCGAUAAGAAAACCUCUAUCUCGUCAACAACAUGUCCAGCGUGUGCUGCCAAGCGAUCGGGAAGGAAGUGGCAACUGAUGCCUGUUUGAAGCAGAAAGAGUGGAUUCUCCAGUCUCCCCGGGCUGUAGCCUCUGUUUAUAGGACCUUCCAAAUGUAGAAAAUCUGUUGAUUUACAUUUAAAUGUAAAUAACAUUUUUUAAAAGGGUAUGGAGUUUGCCAGUUCCUUCCCUCGCCCCCUGUAGUCAAUGGUUACAGGAGGACAUUUGCUGAAAUGGCAGGGCUGCUGAUCUUGUGACUGAGAUAUGGCAAAUCACAUUCCCUGGCAUGGUGAGUCAGCGUCUGGAGCUCUGGGUGGACCCUGCCUCACAGCCCUGAGGCACCAGCUGCUGACUGUCAGUGCAAAAGCAAAAUUUCAGGUAGCCCAGGGGAGGGAACACUCUGGUCCCCUCACCAGCUCUGUUGGGGGGCUUACUUGGUUUCUGUUGGAGAAUGAGGACCUGUCCUGCCUUCACCCAUGACCCAUUAGCUUCAGCUGUGUCCAUGCCUUCUUGAGCCCAUCUUUCCAUUUCCCUCAUGAGUUUCUUUGGUCUUUACUGAACGAAGGUGGAAAUUUAAAAGUUGAGAGAAGAGUAGGAGUGGAACUGAUUAGAAUGGGAGAUUCAAACUGUCAAAGCACAGACUUUUCAAAGAAGCUGUUUUUAUUUCCCAGUGGCAAAUUGCCCUUUUUGGAAAUUUCCGGAGAUGAUGUGUCAUGGAAUCCCCAGACAAGUCUCUUGUUCAAAUGAUAUUAGGUAGUGUCCUUUUGGUAUGCUGGUUGAUCUUUCAUAGUGUUAGUUUUUUGUUACUUAAAAAGAAUCAGCUAUAAAUAAAAUGUAUUUUUGUAAUUUCCAUGUGUAUAUAUGGUAUAUUUCUACCAAUGGCCAGUUGUUGUAGUCCAAAACCUAAAUCAGCUUGCAAAACACUGUGGAUGGUGCAAGAUUUUACUGACAGAUUAACACAAUGCCUAAGUCUAUCCAAAUAGGUAUUCAAUGCACUUGAAUGAACAAAGAGCCAAAGAAACUCAGCCUUUUCAUGCAAAUGGUAUGAGCCUGAUAAAGUCAGCCACAUUGUCCCGCCUUAUCAAUAAUAUUAAUAUUUCAUCAGUGCAAUGAUAUCAACCCAGUACUUUGUCUACUUGGUAAAUGCCUGGAAAUCCUGUAUGUGACAAUGAAGUUUCAAGACCUUAGUGUAAUUAAAAUACAUGCUUCAAAGACUGUUUCCAAGCUUUGGAUGUUCCAGUGACUUACAGAAGAGAAUGAGCCUACAGUCUGCAGUGGGAUGGCCCCAGCUUGCUAAGAGGAUGGAGAAACAAAUCACUGCAGUCUUUGCAGAACCCCAUGAAGUACUGAGUUCAUCAAAUGAGAUGACUAAAAAUAUAGCGUGCUAAAUCAGACACUCUGGUAAACUAGACACGACAGGUUUAUGAAAAGUAUAUGAGAGGAAAACCUUAAGUUGAAAAGAAAUCAGUCUGUUCGUGUUUUUUUCCACCAAUGGGGACAGCCACCAUUGUUAGAUUUUCUGUGAUUAAUUGUGGUCCCUUCUCUGAAGAGUCUCCUGGUGUCAUGGAGGGGACAGACACCGGGACAGCUGCCUCUAGAGAAAGUGCACUUCUGCAAGUGCCUCAUGGAGGCAAAAAUAGAGUUCCAUGGGGGCCCAGAGGCUCUCUGGUCCUCAUGACCUUCCAGACAUUUGAGGAAGCCACAGAGGACCUUGGCAAUCUUGGAGAAGGAGUCGGAAGUCCAGAAAAGUGGAGUGACCUCCUGGAGGAUUCCAACCCAAGCCUGCUGAUUCAUGAUUCAACUUGCUUUCCAUUUCACCAUGCUGCCUGCACGCUUGUCUGUGACACGUUUCUUGAACUGUGCUAAGAAGUUUAAAAAGUAGACCAGGGUCAUAUGAGGGACGCCCUACAUUCUUGUGAAGAAAAAAAAAAAGAUGAUUGGAUAUGUAAAGGACUUCAGAUAAAGUGUAUAGAGGACGAUGCAUUUGUGGCAUAAUAAACACUUUUCGGAACUUGUUUUGAUGUGAGUUUUCUGCCUUCGUGAAAAGAAAUGCAUUUGGGCUUUUUCCAGAGAGCGCCAUCGAGGAAAUGGCAUUCUCAGCUGCUGCGCAAGACUGCAGGGGUGUAUUCCUCUCUCAGUGCCAUGGAUCCAAACAAGCAGGCAGUGAGGCCAUGACAGCUUGUCAUUAUGAGGUAGCAGGUUCUAUGCUCUGCAUUAAGGGAGGCAGUCCCAUAGCAUGGGGACAUACAAGUCUAUUGUGUGCCCUGGUACCUUUACAGCAGCAAGUUGCCUCUUUCAGGGUGUGCUCUUGUGCUAUGGACUUAAUGUUGAGUCCCAACCCCCCUCCCAUUCAUAUGUUGAAAUCCUAACCCCAGUGUGAUGCUAUUAGGAGGUGGGAGCCUUGGAGUGAUUCAGUCAUGAAGGUGGAGUCCUCGAGAACGGGAUUAGUGCCCUUGCAAAAGGGAUCUCAGAGAACUUUCUUGCCCUCUUUUUCUGCCAUGUGAAGAUUCAAUAAGAAGUCAAUGGUCUUCCAACUCUGAAGAGGGUUCUUACCAGACCUUGAUCCUACUGGCACCCUGAUCUUGGACUUCCAACCUCCAAAAGUGUAAGAAAUAAAUUUCUGUUGUUUAAAAGCCA